UCAAUAUGUAAUAGUCAGCAAAAUACGAUUAUAAAUGAGUUUAGUUGAAUCCGAUUACUUGAAGUGUUUGGGUGUUGUUUUUUUAUAUCUGAAACAAUAUGGAAACAGUGAAGGACAAUUUUGUUGUAAACGAUGAAGCAUUAAAUAAUGUUGCUUCUGGUGGUGUUGAAGAUGCCAUCGAAGAUGUUAAUUACGAUAACAUUAAAAUACCAAGUUUGGAUAAAAUAUUAGAAAUGGUACAAGGCAUGGAUGGUAUAUCUGAUGAGGAAAAGAGUUCUUUGAUUAAUGAAAUGCUUUCACAAUCUGGUGGAGCUGGAAUCGGGGGUAUCCCGGCUCCUGCUGGACCUAUUCCUGUACCGCAAUCGAUUGGAUAUCAAUUUAUUUUGUUAUUUAUACUGUUAUUUGUUGUCGCUUGUAUAUUUGUUUUAUUUGGUUACAAGUUAUACAAAUCCAUCAUUGAAAAAGAACGGAAACGAGAAGAGAAAAGAAAACAGAAACAAAUGAAAAAGAAAAAAUAAAAAUUGCA